AUGGAUGUGCCUAUAGGCGGACAGCCUGAAUCGAUCCGCAUCAUGAACGAUGCUGACGUCGGCUCGAGUUACCCACUUGAUGGCGUCACAGAGCAAGAUGCUAUUCGCUUCCACAAUGAGUAUGAAUUGCCCAUCGAACAAGAUCAGGGUUGGGACCAGGCUGCUAUGGCAGGUGCUGCUAUCAACGUCAUGGAUGAUCUCGGAAAACAUCUCGACGUUAGCAAAGACGGAUCCACAAUCCCACUCACAACCAAUACGUGGCUUCUCGGAGUCACAGUCGGAGUCCCCUUCUUCGGUGGGGCUAUCCUGGGUCUAAUCAUCACCGAUCCUGUCGCAAGGAUAACACGCUUCGGUCGCCGCGGUGCAAUUUGUCUCGCGGGCAUUUUCAGCCUUAUAUCGGUCGUGGGAUCUGCAUCGGUUCAUAAAUGGGAGCAUCUGUUAGGGUUCAGGAUCCUGCUGGGCGCAGGCAUGGCAGGUAAGGCAUCGAUAGUGCCAAUAUUGCUUUCAGAAACGUCACCGAAGAACAUCCGUGGUGUCCUCCUCGUGUUUUGGCAAUUGUUCGUUGCUUUUGGGCUGUGCGCCGGCUCUAUCGCCAACUUGAGUGUCUAUAAGCUCAGUCCUCAGCUCGAUCAUCAUGCGAGCUGGCGGUACAUGUUUAUUGCGGCUUUUAUACCUGCACUGCUCUUACUCUCAUUGAUUUUGUUCUCACCUGAAUCUCCACGAUGGCUUUUGAAAGAAAGUGGGGCCAUCAACGGUCAUGACGACCCCGCUCUCCACAGACGCAGCCUCGUAGGGAAGGCCUAUCUCGCACUUUUUGACCUACGGGGCGAGCCGGUCCCUAUACUGGUGGCUGGGGAGCUAUACUUGUUGUAUACGCGCUUGAUCGAGGAACAACGCCGCCUUAGGAAGGACCUACCGAGAAUUCCUCCACCUAAAAGUCUGCCCAACGGCGCGGAUCAGCCUCACAUUGAUCUAAUCGAGCAUAUUGAUUGGUGGCCUCGGGUUCAGUUAAUGUUCUUCAAGCGUGGUUCAACAAGACGCGCACAUCUGGCCGCUGCUGCAGUCAUGAUCUCACAACAGUUGUGUGGUAUCAACCUGCUAGCAUUUAUGGCUGAUACAUUCUUUCGGUAUUCCAUUUUUCAUCAAAGAGAAGAAGCACAAACAGAUGAUAAUCGGAGACUACUGGUAGAACAGAACCUGAAACUACUGGGUUCAUCAGUCGCCUUGAUGGGUGUUAACUUCUUUGCCACGUUUGGCGCUCUAUUCUUCAUCGAUAGAGGCAGCGGCAGGAGAACGCUUCUCAACUGGUCUUUCCCAUGCAUGGCAAUCUCUCUGCUUGGCUCGGCUCUCGUCCUCUUGGGGUCUGAUAAAGAACCUAGCACGGGCGCCAUCGCUGGGCACUAUACCUUUCUCAUACUUUUCAUAGUGGCUUACUCAAUAGGUGAGGGCCCUGCAGCUUUCGUUGUAUCGGCAGAGGUAUUUCCUCUCGUGAACCGAGAGCUUGGCAUGAGCCUCGCCGUGUUCUGGAACUUCCUGGGCGCUAGUCUCCUGGCUCUAGUGUCGCCGGUUCUCUGGAACGAGCUCGGACAGAUCUGGGUCUUGAUCAGUGAUCGGAAUGGUCUGGUCUGGUCUGGUCUGAGGGUACAGACCAGACCAGACCAGGUGCUUACAUAA